AUUGUGGGCAUUUUGAAUAUUUUGAAUGCUUUGAGCAUGAUGCUGUGAAAAUGAAAGAAAGUCAAAACCUAACAUGCAGUUCAAGCGAGUUAUUAUGUACCGUCAUGACAUAUUUAACUUUCUGUUAGUUUUUGACUCUAUCGUCUGGACGUUUCGUCUCUUCUGAAAGUUAGAAAGGCAAGUGACAGAUGCAACAAGCUAAAGUGGAUGAAUAUCCAGUAGUUUCAGAGAGGAAUUUAUUAGAAAGAAUUUAUUAUUAUCAUGGACUUUUUUGUGCAAAACAUCCUGGCUUUAUAAUAUUCAUCUGUGGUGUGUUAAUCUUCCUUUGCAGUGGACCUAUUAUAACUUAUCUUCCUUUGACUGUCAAGAUUCCAUCUGAAUGGAAUGAAACAACGUCUUUGAAUGGUUCAAACAGUGAAAAACCUAACUGGCUAAAAGAGAAACCAGCAGCUUUCAUUCAACAAGUAAUUGUGACAAUCUUGAUUGAACCUGUUAACAACACCUUGAUUUUGCCGUAUGGCAUACAAGAAGCAUUUAAACCAGUUUUUAAAAUUGUUCAUGUUCUAAAUGAGCAUAAACAUACUGACAGAAACAAAAAGAGAGUCAAGUUAUCUGAUCUGUGUUUCCUGAUACGCCAUCGUGACUCGAUUUUGCUUGGCGAGGAUGGAAAUAUUUUACCUAAGAAAGGUUGUCUUCAGAUAUCUCCGGCAAGUCUUUGGAAAGAUGUUACCAGUUUUCAAAAUGAUAAGAAUAUUUUAGGAAAAAUAUAUGGGAAACCAAGCAAGAAUAUCGUCAGUUUAAAAGAAAAUAUUUUUGGAGUGCCUCUGCGGUCGAUAGGAUUGUUUCCUUUAGCUGUGAAUGAAACGUGUCUGGUCAUUCGUUAUGCUGUGACGACUGUGUUGCGUGACCAUAAUCCAAGCUUUACAAAGAGUCUGAAAAAGUUUCUUCUAGAAAAGUUUCCGCAAUUUUGUACAAUGAAAAGUGACAGCGAUAGUCAUACAAUAGUUCAUAUCCAUUACGAGGGUGACAAUAUAAUUGAAAUUUACCAUUUGUGUUUUACAUAUUUCAUGGUGUUCAUAUACCUCGUGUUUUCAGUCUCUAAAAUUGAAAUGGUCAAGUCGAAACUCGGUCUAGCGUUCAGUGCCGUUGUUACUGUGGUUGCUUCAUUGUCAAUGGCUGCGGGACUGUGUAUAUUUUUUGGGAUGGUACCAUCAGUUAGCAGCAGUGAAAUAUUUCCGUACCUUGUAAUAAUCAUUGGAUUAGAAAAUAUUUUGGUCAUAACAAGAUCUAUAGUUUCUACACAUCCUUGUCUUCCCGUUCCAAUACGUGUGGCUGAAGGACUAAGUAGAGAAGGACGGUCUAUCACACUGAAUUUGACAACAGAGCUUCUCUUAUUACUUUGUGGAUAUUUGACGUUCGUUCCUGGAGUUCAGGAGUUCUGUAUGGUCGGAGGAGUUGGUGUUCUGACUGAUUUCUUCCUUCAAAUUGUUUUCUUUGCUACAGUACUAUCAAUUGACCUGGGUCGCUUGGAGCACCCGACGCAGUCUCCGCAUAUUCAAAUUCCUGUACCUUCCCUCCCACCCACUGAUCCCUCUGAUAAAAAACCAUCAACACCUGAUGAGCCUGAAGGACCAGGAUUAAGAAACUGGCGUGAUGUCUUCACUUACUUCUAUAAUCCAAUGAAAAUCUUUUCGCUACGCCAGGAUCUUCCUAGAAGGUUAAACUUUGCCUAUUUUUGGGCCCGAACCAGGAUUGUACAAAGAGGAAUAAUGAUAUUUGCUAUCAUCUACUUACUGUAUAUUACAUCCACGACUAUAAUAUACAAAGACGAGUACCCCACAAAAGUCCUAGCUAGUAGUGGCAGUCUUCAAGAUUUGGCAAACACAGCAAAUGAGGAAAAGUUGAGUGAGGACUCUCCGAAUGUUUUCCCAUGUAAAAAGAGUCUAAAGACUGAAGGAUUAUGGAGGAAUCUCUCACGACAACAUUGGCCUGAGUUACUAGACCUUUAUGGUGUUAAUGUUAUGGAUAGGUAUAUCAGCGUUCUCCCGCCCAUAAAUCUGCAAUACAAGGUCGAAAAUUUACAUAUUCGGGAUCCGUUAUCUCGGGACAGUGAGAAUAUAUCGAAAUUCUAUCAGGAUAUAAGCAAAGACCUACGAUGGACCUCGCAUAGUUAUGCUGUGGAGCUGGCUGGUUUUGUGAAAAUAUUGUAUCUCAUAACUGCCAUAUUUAUGAUCGUCUUGGUCUAUUUAAUUUAUCAGCUGUUGUCUACUCGACCGAGAUAUCAUAAGGUGAAAAAGUUUAAGCCUAAUGCUAAAUCGAUAAUGCUUCUCACAUCUCCGAUAUUCCUGGACGGCCAUCAACAGAACAUAGAAUGUGUUGACUGCAGUGAUAACGUUAUCGUUAGCUCCUGUCUUGAAGGAUCUGUUCGAGUUUGGGACUCGAAAACAACAGAAUGCAUUAGUGUUGUGGAAAGGAAAUGUCACUCAUCACGAAAAUUUGGUCGUUGCAUUGUUGGGAAAACUUUGUUGCUAUGGGAUGUUCAAAUGGCGAUCUUGAGAUUUGGGACUUCUUCAAAAAGCGCACUUGUUUUCUUUAUGAAAAUGAUCCUAGUGGAAUUACGACAAUUCGAUAUGUUUCACGGAGCAAAAUUUGUCAUAAGUCGACUGAAUGGUUUCCUUGAAUUUAUUGAUCUUGGAGAUCGGUUUUCAGAGAAUUCCAGCAAUAGUUCUUCAAUGCCAAGCAUGCGCAAAAAGAUGCAUUCCAAUCCAUCGUCGUGGAAAACCAUCAUGAAUAGUGUAUCCAACGAUCAUUUCCCUUCUCAUUCUUGUCGAGCUCAUGGAAAAACAAUCAGUGUCAUUUCAGUUUGUAAAGAUCUGGUUAUAUCCGGAAGUGUUGAUAACUUACUCAAGGUAUUUCGUUCACAAACCGGGGUUUGUCUCUUCACCUUACGAGGUCACACCACUCCUGUUACAGCACUCACGACAGAGUUUGAUGGAAAUGCUGCGAUAAGUGGUUCUGCUGAUGGUGAAAUUCGAUCGUGGAGUCUUAUAUCUGGUGAAAGUAACCGUUUUGCACCCAAACACUCGACAUCAAUUGUGGCAAUCGUCAGUACACCCUCCCGCAUAGCAACUCUGGAUAUUACAGAAAUGUUGUGCGUGUGGGAUCGCUUCACAAGAAAUCAUUUGCAAUGUUUGACACAGUUUCCUGGUGGUUGUCUUGGUAUUACGCCAUUGUCGAAUGACAUUGUCGUGUGUGUGGGAAAGGACACAAUGGUAGUUGUGGGAUUAAUUCAAGGUCACAUACUCAGGGUUGUGGAACUGGAACAGAGAUAUGAUCGUAUUUUAAUCAACCACGUGUUAAAAUGUGACGAAAACAGUGUAGUUUGUGAUUACGGUGAAAAACUAGUACUUUUAACAUUUCACGAGAGUGAAAAUAAGAAUAGUUAGAUAGUUUUUAAAAUAUUUAUAAUAUUUAUAUACAUUAGGACUGCACUACGAACUAAGUUUU